AAAAAUGCUUCUUAAAUUGCCAUCUGGUGGCGGAUAUAGAAGAAGCUUUACAAAACGUUUGAGCAAAACAUAACCUCGAUCUAUAAGUGAAAAGAUUAUUCCAUAGAAUAGUUUAAAGAUUUUCGGAAAAAUGCCACGAUUGCCAUUACAUCCAUCAUCUGGAACCGGUAUUGUAAAAUCACUGUCAAAAUCGAUUCGAUUUGUUCGUUAUGGAUGCUCAAACAGACCGUUCUACCAUAUUGUUGUAAUGCAUACUCGCUAUGAGCAACGUAAACCUCCGAUAGAGCAAUUGGGCAGUUACGAUCCUUUACCAAACAAAUUCAAUGAAAAAUUAGUUGCUCUGAAUUUAGAACGUAUACAAUAUUGGAUUGGACAACGUGUACAUUUUUCGAAACCAGUUGCCGAAGUUUUAGGACUCUCUGGUUUCCUCCCGAUACAUCCAAGGACAUAUAUGACUGCAUGGAGAAAUCGGAGAGCCGCUAAACAAGCUGAUGUAGAUAGUACUUCACAGGCAGAGUCUGUAGCUUAACAUUCUCCUUCCCUUUAUUUCAUAUUUAGCUUAUAAAUAAUGUAUAUAUACAAAUAAAAUUGUUUUAGAAAGAAA